CCUCUCUCUCCUUCCGUCAUGUCUCCUUGGACACUGGUCGUGCGUUUUGUGGAGAAGACGACCGAGCAUAUGAACGUCUCCAACAGCCAUUUAACGCAGGGCAGCGCGCGCAGGAUUACUUUUCCAAACAGCAUCUCUGACAUGUAAUCCGACGUGGUGAUCCAUCUGCGUGUCAGGGGGCAUCCAUAUUUCUCAGCAUCUAUUUUUCAUUUUAUUUCUUUAUCCAGCAGAGAAGUGAUAUAGCCUGCUCUGACGUCUGCAUCAGAUAUUGCCCAGUGCUUUUUUUUUCCCCCAAUGUGCAUUUUCCCCUCAGUGGCUUUGCGCUGAUCUACAUCAGCAGCAGCAGCAACGAGGAGAAGGAGGGGGGUAAAAAAGAAGAAGAAGAAAAAGAAGAAAAAAAUAGGAAUGACAAUUUUCCUUUUUUUGAAAGCCACCGUUCCCCUUCAGCCGAGCAGCAUUUCCUGCGUAAAGAAGCUUCUUUGAGCGGCAUCGCGCAUUGGAGGAGACUGGCGCUUGAGCCCCGCUGGAACCAUGCCUCUCCUGCAGAUUUGGACUGGGAAAUUUCAUCCACCAAUUUGACUGUCAGGAGCUCAGCCAUUCCCGAGAGCACUUGUCAUCACUUUUAAAAGUAUUGUGCAUGCUGUUUUCCCCCCUCACCACCACCACCACCACCACCACCACCUCUCUUAUUUCUGAGAUGUCUGAUCUCCUGGUGUUGGUCGAGGGGCUAUGUGACCUGUACGGAUUUCCAUAGCUGGGGAAAACAGCGGGGGCCAAGUAGCACAUUUUUGAAGAUUGAGAAGCCCAGGAUGGUGAAGGCACCGCAUGCGUCGAUGUAGACCAGUUUACCCAUCAUCUUUAUUAGGCAGUUCUUAUUAUUCUAUAUAUAUUAUUCUUAUUAUUCCUAUCCGUUUUUAAUUGCCAGACUUUACUUUGUACAUUUAUUUUGGGGGGGGAGGACCGCUGGACUGGUUGGAUUAUAAAAACUAUACCUAAGGAUUUGUGGAGAUGUUGGGUCGUCAAGAAGAUAAAUUAUGUGGAAUUUUCUCUGCUCUGGCGGCUUUGUCCUUCGUCUGCUUUGUGCAAAGCUCCUCCACAGGAAACACUGGAAUGUCUGUGGCCAAGACUACCGUGGACAAGUUGCUGAAGGGAUAUGACAUCCGUUUAAGGCCUGACUUUGGAGGUCCUCCAGUCAUUGUAGGAAUGAGCAUCAACAUAGCCAGCAUCGAUUCCAUCUCAGAAGUAAACAUGGACUACACCAUCACAAUGUAUUUUCAGCAGAGCUGGACAGAUAAGCGUUUGGCCUACGGAGAGCUGGACCUGAACCUGACUCUGGACAACCGUGUAGCAGACCAGCUGUGGCUCCCAGACACCUACUUCCUUAAUGACAAAAAGUCCUUUCUUCACGGUGUGACGGUCAAAAACCGUAUGAUCAGACUCCACCCUGACGGCACCGUCUUGUAUGGGCUGAGAAUAACAACUACUGCUGCUUGCAUGAUGGAUUUGAGAAGAUACCCGCUGGAUGAGCAGAACUGCACCUUGGAAAUUGAAAGUUAUGGAUAUACGACAGAUGACAUCGUGUUCUUCUGGCAAGGAGGCAACAGCGCUGUGACCGGUGUGGACAAGUUAGAGUUACCUCAGUUUUCCAUUGUGGAACUCCGCCUGGUGUCCAGGGAGGUCAGGUUUGCCACAGGUUCAUAUCCGAGGCUUUCACUGAGUUUCCGGAUUAAGAGGAACAUUGGAUAUUUCAUCUUGCAGACAUAUAUGCCCUCCAUCUUGAUCACCAUCCUCUCCUGGGUCUCCUUCUGGAUUAAUUAUGAUGCCUCUGCAGCUAGGGUGGCCCUUGGUGUGACAACGGUGCUUACCAUGACAACAAUUAACACCCACCUUAGGGAGACUCUCCCAAAGAUUCCAUAUGUGAAAGCCAUCGACGUCUACCUCAUGGGCUGUUUUGUGUUUGUGUUUCUCGCCCUGCUUGAAUAUGCCUUUGUAAAUUAUGUGUUCUUUGGCCGGGGCCCUGCGCAGCAGAAGAAGCUCAGUGAAAGGCUUGGCAAAGUCAACAACGAGCGUACGAGAUACGAAGAGAAGCGCCUAAGGGAACAGGACUCCAUUUCCGUGCCGUUUCAAACCAACACCUUCAGGUCAUUUACACAGCGAAGAAAUCUGUAUCUCGAGGAACAAAGAAAAGUUGGGGUGGAUGCCUACGGGAACAUCCUUCUCACCACACUGGACAUGAACAACGAGGUGAUGCCUUCUGACGUGGGGAGCAGCGUCAGUGACUCUCGGAAUUCCGUGAUGUCCUUCGACAGCUCCGGAGUCCAAUUCAGGAAGCCUAUGGCGCCUCGAGAUGGCUACAGCCAUCACUCGCUGGACCGGAGUGCCAUGAGGAGCCGGGCCAACUGUCGGCUAAGACGGCGCUCCUCAAAGCUCAAGUUGAAAAUCCCAAACCUCUCAGAUGUUAGCACCAUUGACAAGUGGUCCCGGGUCAUUUUCCCCAUCAUCUUUGGAUUUUUCAACCUAAUCUACUGGUUGUACUAUGUGAAUUGAUGUGCAUCCCACUAGGAAUCAUGGGCCAUAUUUUGAGAGCACAUUAAAUUGGCUUUGAUACAGUUCCAAAAUAUGUAUACACAUAUACAAGUUGAAAAUAUGUAUAUGCAUAUUUCUAUAUAAUAUAUUUAUAUAAACACACAUGUGAAAUCCGAAGGACCUUUCUGCUGUACAAAGUAUUACUAGGAUGACUUGAAUGUUUACUUGUGCGUGAAGAAUUUCAAGGCUUUGAGGGGUUUUUUUCCUCCUGAAACCAACAAACAAAUAAAUCCCAUCAGGGGUUUUUGGAACUAAAGACUGCAUGAUAUUUUUGUUAUAAAAAAAAAAAAGAAAGAAAGACAAAAAAAUAUUCAAGAAAAAAGCAAAUGCUCUUGAGAAAGAAAAGAUGUCUCAGAGUUUCGUUGACUUUUUAUCGACUCAGAAAUCCUCCUCUGCAGCUCAUGAAGUCAGUGGUGGCUUGUCUGUUCAGACAUCGGCUGAGUGAGAUCCUUGGCAGACACCUCCGAGACCCCCCUCCACCACACUCCUUCUAACUCCACCCACACCAGGACCACCCCAUCCUCACAACCCACCCCCUCUCCCAGCCACCACAUGGAUAACACACACGGAAUACUCCGGUUUUACUAUGUACAGCAACCGCGUUUGGAUUAUGUGUUGUUCCUCGGGUUUUUUGAAGUGGUAUUGUUCUCUUUAUUAGGCAUCAGCUAUGGCCUGCUGGUCUCCACGCGGGAUGUUUGACCGCUGCACCCCCGCCCCAAAGCUAACACAAACUUGUAUUCCUUUUCAUGUCAUCUUGUGUUGGGGCGGGUGUGGGGAGUUUUUUUCUUUCGUUGGUUUUGUUCUGUUUUUUAAUAUUCAUCAUAAAAACAAGUACUGAGUAAUGUAGAUAUGAUUUUGUCUUGAAAAAUACUGUGAUUUCCAAGGGCAUCCGAACAUGUUCUAGAGCUUAGGGCAUUAUGAGAGAAAAGAGUCAAAGGUUGACGAGUUUGACGAUACGAAAGAAAAAGUUAGCAUAUUCUGUACAUUUUAGUCAUUCAGUAUUUGUGCUCGUUUCUUUCCUCUUGACAGUUUAUCCACAUUCUCUAUAGAUGCAGAGUCCAUUCAUCUUUCAUCCACAUGACGCUUUGUGUUUGCUAAAAAGAAACAGGGGAUUGCCUUUGUUCUUUGUUUCAGAUGAUUCCUCAGUAAAAACACAAAAACAUCUGUACUCCAACAAAUCCGUUUGGCGAGUUGCCAAUUUUGUUUUCAGUGCGUUUGUUUGGCAUUUUUUUUCUGUGUUCAGGUCGCUGUGUUUGUAGCCAAAACCACUAGGAUGGUUUUGAUGAGUCCCAAGCAGAGAAAACGGGUUCCACAUAUCAUAAGAUGAUCUCACUCCGUUAAAAUGUUUUGGGUUUUUUUAAUCUGAAAAAAAAAAAAAAAAACUUGGUAUCAGUUGGGGAAA